UGUUCAGUUCAAAUGAUCAAGGUGUACUGCAUGUUGCAUGCAAAGUGAUUGACAGGGAGGAGCAGGGUGCGCCAGUUAGAAGAUGUGAACGGUGUCAGGGUGAGGGAUAUACCAUCGAAGCACUUGUUAGCCUGCAGAUUGUUGGGACCUGAAGCUGCAGAGGAUGAAGAUAAGGAACACAAAGCAGAGCUAGUAGAUCAGACCAUCCUCACUGCAUAAUCUGGUAUCAUUUUUCCUGUUACACAUUAAGUCUCACUGCGGUAAUUAUUACUAUUAGCACGAUUCGUUGUGUCGUGAUUCCCAAGUUCCUUGCAUCUAGCAUGUCAAAGUUCAUUCUUUCAUCCUCGAAAUAAAAACGUAGUUUUUGUGAUAUGCCACUGAUAUCAAUGAUAAUCAAUACUGUGCACUUAUUUAGAAAGCAAUUAAGCUGAUAGACCUAGCUGGUAGCAGUGUGGUAAGAAAAACCUUGAUAAGUUAAACCCAGGUGAAUGAUUGUAUGCCUGAUCUGAUAUGCUUUUAAACUGUACCUGGGUACUAAACCCAAGUUACGUAUACCACCCGAGUAUCUUGACGCGCGCGCAUAAUAUGCUGGAUGGUCUGUUCCUGCAACCUUGUAGCUAAAUGGGUAGCUCAUGGUUCUGUGUAGCAGAAUAUGUUUAAAUUUUCUGGGUGGGGGUACCCUUUUUUACUCUAAAUAAGCAACAGAAGUGCUCAAAAACCUGCAUACAUAACCCUGAACAUUAAUGCCUGUACGUACAUGGUUGUGUUUUGGUGGGUCUGGUCCUUGUUGAGACUGGAAUAAGCGACUCUUCAGAAGGCAAGUGUAGGGUAAAUUUUAUUGCACAAGUUAACUUGAGACUGGUUAAAAAAAAGAUUGAACGAUGUGCUGCCUUGCAGUGUCUGCGACAAGAGUGGAGGCCUCCUUUGCGGCUUAAAUGGUCGGUAUUCACUGGACUAUAGAUCUGUGGCGGUUAAAUUUAUGACUGCCUCUGUUUCUAUUUGACAGCAUUUCGGUGUUAGGUGGUACGCUCGGUUUUCAUCAUUUAACUCGUAAACUGAAUUGCUCCGGUCCGGCCCUCCCAUAUAUAUGCUAGGCAAAGAGUGGCACAAACCCCACAUAACGUUCCAUGGGCCAUAAGAUUCUCAGUUUCGCUGUCCCAACCACCACCUCAUCCCAGAACAUGGUGCUUUCCUUUGCUUGUCUUCGUCGGUGGAAGUAUGAAUGGGAUGCUUGGCUUGCUUCUCCCACACAGGAGAUGCUUUGCUUUGCUUCUCUCCACUGUUGGGAGUGAGAUAUGCUUUGCUUUGCUUCGCUGGUGGGAGUGGGAGUGGGAAUGGGAUGCUUUGCUCCAGCUGCCAACUUUUGCCCCCAUAUCAUCUUAACUGCUGCUGUGUAAUUAACUAUAUGCGGGCAGCGUUGGAUGGCCGCCUCCUGCAUCCAUGUCCGCGGACUGACCUCCCUGUCCAUGGACGGAUGCGGGAGGAAAUUUGCGGGUCGGCGUUGGAGUUGCCCUUAUGUGAUUAACUAAUUAGCUCGGGCAAGCGCAGCUGUUUGCCGCUGUCACAACGAAGUCGUCAAAAGUGUAGAUAAUGACUAGAUGUGAUGGUGGGGUCAUGGCAAUGAGCUGCAUCCACUCACACUAGAAAUGUGUGAUCUUAGAGAAUAUGGUGAUAAGACAGAGUUAAAAACUUGUUAAGCAGAUUUGCUCUCCAACACCAGAUCGUUCACUUUUGACAAUGUGCACUGCUGUCCUGCUUUUUUAUUUUCACUUACCUGGUGCACAACAUGAUUGAGUUGAAUGUCCUCCUGAUCUGAAGGAGCAGGAGGACAUCCCGUCCAUCUCAAAGGUUGGUGAGGUAAUUCGAUCGAGUUUAAUUUUCGUCUCUUUAUCCCGGCGACCGGAGUAAAAUAUGAAGGAGGCGCCGCCGCCGGCCACUGGCCAGUCUAGUAAGCAGAGAGGGUGGCCGUAGUGCCGCUGUCAUUUGGCGUGCACACGAGGAAAAAGCAUAUAUUGGCAUCAAGGAAAAGUUAAGUCCAAUCCAAUUCGAUACCCUCUUCAGUUCAGCUGCUUUGCUUUGUCAAAUAAUCUACUCCUCCAUGGAAAAGGAAAAGAAGCUGCUUUGCUUUGCUUUGCUUGCUCCAUCGAUGGGAAUGGGAUGCUUUGCUUUGCUUGCUUCUCUCCACCUAAUGCUUUACCCACCUCCGGCUGCCAACGAGUACCCGGUGGCAUUACUUCCCAAAUCCCAAUCCCUCCAGGCUCCAGCUCUUCCCCAGCACCGCCAUCGCCCCGGUCGCCGCUGCCGUCCGCUGAUAUUUGUCACCACCGACUGCUGUGCCGUGCAGUGCAUCCCAUCAUUCUCAAAGGUUGGUGAGGUUGUGCUGUCCUUGAGCAAGUUGACCAAUGGCGAUGGUGUUGGAUGCUUUUGCAUCCUACAUCGGGGACUACCUCAAGCAGGUGGUACAGGAUGAGCUCGGAACGAUGUUGGGCGUCUCCGGAGAGAUCAACAAGUUGGGCGACAAGCUCCUGGACCUCAAGAACUUCCUCGCCGACGCAGAUAAGAGGAACAUCACCGACGAGACUGUCAAAGUCUGGGUGGGUCAGCUCAAGCGCACCAUGUACGAAGCUGCUGACAUCCUCGACCUCUGCCAGCUCAAGGCCAUGGAGAAGCGUGGGCCAUCCUCUGUAGAAGCAGGGUGUUGCAAUCCCUUGCUCUUCUGCUUGCGGAACCUCUUCCACGCUCGUGAGAUCGGCACCCGCAUCAAGGCGCUCAACCAGAGGCUUGAUAACAUCAAGCAGCGCAGCGCUGCUUUCAACUUCAUCAAUCUUGGGUCCUAUGAGGAUUGUCAUAGCAGCAAUGCCCAUGCCUCUUGUCAGGGUAAUCCUAGCCGGGAGACGGUAGGGGACUUUGACCGGUCAGCUGUGGUUGGAGACAAGAUUGAAGAAGAUACAAAAGCACUAGUGGCUCUGAUUAUGCGAAAGGGAAAGGAGGUCAAUGAUGACAUCAUGGUGUUCGCCAUCGUAGGUGUCGGCGGGGUUGGCAAGACCACUCUCGCCCAGAAGGUCUUCAAUGACGAGGCAAUCCAGGGCGGGUUCAUCAAAAAGAUAUGGUUGAGCGUCAACCAAAACUUCAGUGAGGUUGAGUUGCUUAAAAGAACCAUCAUCGGUGCCGAUGGAAACGCCCAACUAGCUGGAAAUGCAAAGGACGCGCUUCACCGAGCCCUAAUGCAGGCCUUGAAGGACCACAAGACCUUCCUGGUAAUGGAUGAUGUGUGGGACAAAGGAGCUUGGGAGGGUGUGCUAAAAAUACCCUUUGCCAAUGCUGCUGCUUCAGGCAGCCGUGUCCUCAUCACAACUAGAGAAGGACGCGUUGCCCAAGGGGUGACAGCUAUACAGCCCUACCACCACGUCGACACAUUAGCACCCGAUGACGCUUGGUCAUUGCUCAAGAAGCAGGUACGCUCAAGUGAGAUAGAUGAAGACCACAUCAAUACGCUAAUGGAUAUCGGACUGAAAAUUAUACAGAAAUGUGGUUGUUUACCACUUGCUGUUAAAGUAAUGGGAGGACUCUUGCGUGAAAGAGGGGGGCUCCGGCGUGACUGGCAGCAGGUUUUGGAUGAUUCUAAAUGGUCAACAACUAAAAUGCCCGAUGAGCUCGACCACACAGUAUACAUAAGCUAUGAAUAUAUGCCUUCUUACCUGAAGCAAUGCUUUCUGUACUACUCUCUUCUCCCUAAAAGUAGAAAUUUUACUAUAGAUGAAGUUGUUGCAAUGUGGAUUAGUGAAGGAUUUAUUCACGGAAAUUCUAAUGAUUUAGAAGAAUUGGGAAAAAAAUACUACAAGGAUUUGGUAUCUAGGAACCUCAUAGAGCCUGAUAAAUCGUAUGCUAAUCUAUGGGUUUGCAGCAUGCAUGAUGUUGUGCGCUCAUUUGCUCAGUAUAUGACUAAAGAUGAAGCACUCAUGGCUAAAGAUGGAGAUAAUGAUAUUCUUGCUGAACUUAGUUCACAAAACUUUCUGCGGUUGUCCAUAGAAACUGACCAAUCACAAUCAGGUGAACUUGAUUGGAAAUCUCUACAGGCACAACAAUCAGUGAGAACAUUGAUCUCAACUAUCCAGAUUAAGAUGAUGCCUGGUGAUUCAUUGGUUAAUUUUUCUAGUUUGCGGACUCUGCAUAUAGAAUCUGCAGAUAUGGCUGUGCUGCUUGAAUCGUUGCAUCUGCUCAAGCACCUGAGAUAUCUAACACUAGUAAAUGCUGGUAUAUCUGUACUUCCAGAAAACAUUGGCAAGAUGAAACUAUUACAAUUCCUUGACCUUGGUGGAUGUACAAAAUUGGUGAAUCUUCCUGACAGCAUUGUGAAGCUUGGCCAACUGAGGUUACUUUCACUUCCCCAAGCAAGUAUGGUACCUAGAGGGUUUAGUGGUCUGACAAAUAUGAGGAUACUAGAUAAGUUUCGAGCCCACAUGGAUGGUGAUUGGUGCAGUUUGGACGAGUUGGGGCCUCUUUCCCAACUCAGGUUUCUUGAAUUAGUUCAAUUGGAGAAUGUAUCUGCUGCCUCGUUUGCUGCUAAUGCUAGGCUCGGCGAGAAGAUGCAUCUUAUCAGUCUAAUCAUGUACUGCACCAGUAAACUGGGAGAUGAUGGGUUGGUCAAAGAGAAGGAAGGUGUCUCUGAGGAAGAGCAGCAACGAAUUGAGAAGGUUCUUGAUAAGCUCUGCCCUCCACCUGGUGUAGAAGAUCUUCAUAUCAGUGGGUAUUUUGGCCGGCAACUCCUGAGCUGGAUGAUGUCCACAUCAAUGGUGCCCCUCAACAACUUGAAGACUAUAUUGUUUUAUGAUCUGGCUUGUUGCACACAACUUCCUAAUGGGUUGUGCCAGCUCCCCAGUCUACAGGUUCUACAGGUCUGUCGUGCUCCAUGCAUCAAACAUGUUGGGACUGGAUUUUUGCAGGCGGCAGCAGCUUCAUUUCCAAGGUUAAAUGUAUUGAAGUUGUUCGACAUGGUGGUAUGGGAGGAGUGGGAGUGGGAGGAGCAAGUACAAGCGAUGCCCCGUUUGGAGGAGCUUGUGCUCUGUGAUUGCAAACUGAGGCAUUUUCCUCUAGGCCUUGCCUCCAAUGCAAGCUCUUUGAAAAUAUUAGGUCUACAACAUGUCAAGCAGCUCAGCUACAUUGAGAGCUUUCCUUCUGUUGUUGAUCUUACAGUGAUUGAUUGCCCCGACCUGGAGAGGAUCACCAGUCUCCCCAAUCUGCAGAAGCUUGCCAUCGCCAAGUGGCCAAAGUUGAAGGUGUUGGAGCGUAUCGCUUCUCUCGAGAGUCUGGGCUUGGAGGAUUACACCAUGGAAGAACUCCCAGAAUACAUGCGAGACAUAAAGGCAAGGCAUCUGCAGUUAUUCUGCAGGCUAUUGUUGCUCUCUGCGAUAGCAGCGGGACAAUCUGGCACCGAGUGGGACAAGUUCAGCCAAGUGGAGCAUGUCAAGGCAUAUGCACGUGAUGGAGACAACCAAAGAAAAUGGUACGUUUUGUACACGAGAGGAGACAACUGCAAGUUGGAUUCAAAUAUCAGCAGCUCUACCGUAUUUGAAGAAACCUUAUCAUCUUCUAUUGUGGAUGCACAAGGAUUUGACUCUCUGUACAAAAUGAGAAGAAGUACCUUCAGUUACGUCUGCGGCUUGGUGAGGAUCUCAUUUUUGGAAGAUAUGAUGACAAGGGAGCCCACCUUUGUCGAUGGGAGAGUGUUGUCUUUGCAAGACAGAGUAGCUGUCGCUCUGAGGAUAUUGAACUCUGGUGAGUCGCCGGUUAUCGCUGGAUCCUCUCUUGGUGUGAAUGAGUCAACUGUCUCGCUGGUAACUCAGGUGUUUGUUGAGGCUAUGUGGGACAGAGCAAUGCACCACUGCAGCUGGCCUGGCUCCACUAAAAUGGAGAAGAUCAAGCACAAGUUCUACAAGAUGCACGGCCUGCCAAACUGUUGUGGUGUUGUUCAUACAGCUCACAUCACGUUUGGAUCACAAAACCCUAACCAUGAGGAGAAUGACGCUGUGCUAGUGCAAGCCGUUGUUGAUCCAGAUAUGAGGAUCACGGAGCUUUGGUUGGAUGGUGAUCUCUUGGGUUCCAUUGAGAAAUAUGCUUGGUUGAAUGGCGGUAAGGUGAAGUUAUCAGAUGGCUCGGAGGUUGGGGAAUACAUCAUUGGUGAUGCAGGAUACCCUCUUCGUCCAUGGCUCCUCACACCUUACCAGUUAGAAAAUGGUCUCCCACUCUCAGAAUCCAAAGUCGAGUUUAACAGGAGACACUCUGCAGCUACAGCCGUCGCGCCGAGGACGUUGGCAAGGUUAAAAGACACGUGGAAGUGCCUGCAGGGAAAAGGGUGGCAUCCAGAUAAUGAACUUGAGAUGCACUGGACAGUCGGUGCGUGCUGCAUGUUGCAUAACAUAGUGAUAGACUUGGAAGAGGACGAGGGUGCAAGCCUGCCGAGCGGUCAGGAGGACAUUUACGUCGAGAAAGUGUGGAAUGUAGCAGAGGAGGAUGCUGUCAGGGUGAGGGAUGCACUGUCCCAGAACUUGAUCGGAUCUGAAGUUCACACAAUGGCUGCAGAGGAGGAACAAGCAGAAGUAGCAGCAGUUGCAUCUGCAGGUUCAGGAGAUGGAAACAAGGAAGAAGCACGCGCUAGCUAGGAAGGUGAGACCAUAUCGAAUUGCCCUCUCCAUUGGAUCGGUUCUUUAUUUCUCGAUGCGAGGGCAGGGGGACAAGUCGCAGUCCUCUUCUUAGUUCCUACUCUGCAUGUACUGUAUUGGGUGGUUAAUUAGCAUCUCUGCGCCACUAGCUAGUAGUAUGUCUGUACUUAGUGACAAUGGGAAACCUCGAUACAAGGCUGAAAGGAAAUGAAGGGAGACUGGCCGGCCACUGGUAGUAUCCUACUCCUCAGCUUGGUUCAUUGUCAGACUGCUCAAGAGCAGGCCCUGGGGAUGGAGCCCAAGGCUAAAAUAGCGUUGGCAAGAUUCAUUCAGUCAAUUGUAACCUGAGGUGGGUAUUUUUUGCGAUUCAGAAAACAACUACUCCUAGUAGUAAUGUAACCUGAGGUGGGUAUUUUUUGUGAACAUAACGAGGUAGUGAGGGAGUCGUGUAUGGGCAAGAUUCAUUCAGUCGAUUGUAGCAGUUGGUAAUUGAUGUGUUGGCUGUCCCUCC